UGUUAUUUGAGAUCACAUUAAAACUAGAGAGUUCUGUCCUACAGCACAAAUUAAGUGCAUUAUUUUUAGAUUCAACUCUAUGUUGAACUAACAUAGAUAAUAAUUCUAUUAUUAUUUACAUUUAAUAUAAAUUAAAAACUGUUGGUUUUAUUUUUUAAGUUUGUCUGUAUAAGGAUGUUAAAUUUUUUUCCGUGGUUAUGUGUCAUAUCAGUGUUUGGAAGUUCAUCAAGUCUUGUAUUUAGAAAGAGAAGUCCCGUGAUUUAUAAUGGAGACGGUCCCCGUUCAAAUAGUAUAUAUUAUGACAAAUGUGCACCCAAAGUGUCUUGCAAAAGAAAUGCAAUUUACAGGACAAUAAAUGGCCAAUGUAAUAACUUAAAGCACCCUUUGUGGGGGAUGGCUGAAACUCCAUACAUCAGACUUUCUGAAGCUGCUUAUAAUGAUGGUGUUUAUGAAGUUCGUAAACAAGAGAAUGGUUCUCGGUUGCCUAGACCUCGUGGAAUACAGUUAGACUUAUUUUUGCGAAGAUCAUUUGAUUCACGAGACCAAUACCACAACAAUUAUCAUCUAAGUCAAUUUGGCCAAUGGGCGAAUCAUGAUAUUAGUCUUAUGAACCCCGAUACAACAGGGCCAGAAUUAUGUUGUCAUAAUCCAAUUCAACCGAUAAACAGAAAUACUCCAUACCAAUGUCAAUUAGUUAUUGAGGUACCAACGAAUGAUCCAGUUCUUGAAAGUUACGGACAAACAUGUAUGGAAUUUAGACGUGCAAUGACGGCUGCCAAUAAUUUCAACUGUCCCGUAAUUCCUCAAACCCCAAUGAAUCAGGCGACAUCAUUUAUCGACGCGUCACAAUUGUAUGGACAUACAGUAGAUACGGCAGCUUCAAUUAGAACGUUUAACGGUGGAAGAUUGAAAACAGAUAUCAUAAAUGGGCACCAGUUUUGUCCUCAAAAGCGAAGAUAUAGAUCAUUAUUAUGCGACGAGCGGAAUGACGUGGGCGUUUGUUUUGAAGCUGGAGACCCAAGAUUAAAUCAAAACUUAGGGCUCACAGCAUAUACGACAAUGUUUACCAGGUUUCAUAAUAUCAUUGCUGAUAAGUUACGAAAACUUAAUCCACAUUGGCCUGAUGUAAAGUUGUAUCAAGAAGCUAGAAAGUUCGUUGGAGCACUUAACCAAAAAAUUGUUUAUGCAGAUUAUUUGCCUAUUUUACUUGGAAAAUCAUUCAUAAAACGCUCUGGCUUAGAACUUAGAAAUAAUAGAAGGACAAUAUAUAACCCUUCGCUCAUGCCGCAAUUGACCACGGAAUUCGCAGGCGGUGCUUUUCGAGUGCCACAUAAUACAUUGCCUUCGUUUUACAAUUACAUAGAUAAAAAUUAUGAAAUAGUUGAUUCGGUAAAAUUCGUUGACUGGAUGUCGAAACCCGAUCCUUUAGUAAAAGAACCAAAUUUUGAGGAUCUAGUCAGAGGCAUGACGAUAACAACAGGCCGUAUGUUUACGCCUUCGUUUAACUUUUACAUAUCAAAUUUCAUGUUCCGAAGUCACCUCACCGGUAACCAAGAUUUGCUGUCAGUGGAUAUUCAAAGAGGGCGUGAUGUUGGCGUACCAUCCUAUACUACGAUAAGAAAAUUGUGCGGUUUCAAAGAAAUUACAUCAUUUGAAGAUUUAACAGAAUUUUUAUCUAUUGAGGACGUUGGGGAACUGAAAGCACUAUACUCAUCUGUUGAUGACAUUGAUCUACUUGUGGGAGCUUUACUCGAAUCACCAGUCGAUGAUGGAACAGUUGGUCCAACUGCACAGUGCAUCAUAGCUGAUGUAUUUUAUCGUAUUAGAUACGGUGAUCGUUUCUUUUUCGACGUGCAAAAUCAACGGGGAAGUUAUUCACAAGAACAAGUGAGAAUUUUGAAAAACCUCGACCUGGGUCAUGUAUUAUGUGCUACAACUGAACUGGAAGAAGUACCAAAGUAUAUUUUUAAGACUACAAGAUUUUCAUCUACAAUAAUCAAAUGCAAAAGACAUUUACAGGAUUUGGAUCUUAGCUCUUGGGCAAAUUAGUUUGUUCGGUAUAUUGAUUUAAUAAUAUUUUAUGCAAAACGAUUAUUAUGCAGUAAUGCGUUAUAAUUUGUAAUUAAAAAUGUAUAAUAUUAUAAUUUAUUUAAAUUAUAAAUUAAAUAAAUAAAUACUGACAUAUGUAAUAUUA